AUGGCUGCAUCGUCUGGUGCUCUUCCCUUGCUGAGACUAUCGAAAGCAACCGCGUCCUUGACACGGCGCAAUUUCAGUAUCCAGCACGCCCGCCGAGCUUUUCAUAAUGAGACCACAUACGACGUCGUAGUUGUUGGCUCAGGAUGCUCUGGCUUGACGGCCGCUUUUGUGGCGGCCAAGCACAGCCUUAAGGUCCUUGUCAUCGAAAAAACACAAUACUUCGGCGGCACCACCGCUUACUCAGGUGGAGGGGCAUGGAUCCCUGUGAACAAACACCAGCCUUCUAUAGGGGUACAGGAUUCAGCGAAUCAGGCCGAUACCUAUCUUCAUGAAGUCUUGGGCGAUUCUUAUGACACGAGGAUGGUCCCGGCCUUCCUGAAAACAGGGCCUGAAAUGGUGAAAUGGAUGGAGGACAAUUCUACCGUGCGAUUUAAACCUGUUCCUCUGCCUGACUACCACGUCUCGAAGAAAGGCGCCUCGACCGGGCGCACGAUUCUGACCGAAAAGUUCGAUGGUCGCCGACUUGGGCCUCUGAUCAAGAACGUUCGCUAUCCAAUUCAAGGCUACUCUGCAUUUGGCACGAUGCAAGCAGAUCCCGCAGAGUUGCCCGUACUGACCAACCCAUUUGGAAGCAUCACUAAUCUAACUCUAGCGACGAAGAAGAUCCUCCGCUACGCGCUGGACCUGUUACGGUAUGGUAAAGGAACGGACCUGGCAAACGGCAAUGCUCUUGUGGGAAGACUGCUCUUCUCUGUUCAGCAACAAGGCGUCGAGUUGUGGCAUAACUCUGCAGCCACAAAACCAAUAACAGACAACGGUCGCCUCACAGGUCUCCGUGUGCUUCGUGACGGCAACGAGACCACCGUGUACGCUCGCAAAGGAGUGGUGCUUGCGAGUGGUGGUUUCGGCAGAUCCAAAGAGGCAACACAGUUCGUGCCACACGAAUGGUGUGCAAGCCCACGAGGCAACACCGGAGAUGGCAAGCGAAUUGGAGUGGAAUGUGGUGGCGUUUUACCUCCGAAAAACAUAUCGAACGCCAUCUUCGCUCCCAUUUCUCUAUUGAAUACUUCUAGAGGUCCUGUUCGACGCUUUCCGCACUUCGCAAUUGACCGGUCUAAGCCGGGAUCCAUAAUUGUUGGACCCGAUGGUCGAAGAUUCGCAAACGAGUCGGAGCCGUACCAAGAAUUUGUGGGUGUUAUGCACCGGAAGGGCAUUAAGAAGGCAUACUACAUUGGCGACCGUACACAUCUUCGUAAAUACGGUAUGGGAAUGGCAUUACCAUCGCCGUAUCCGAUCUGGAGGUUACUGCAACAAGGGUAUCUGAUCUCUGCGCCCACCAUUGCCGCACUGGCCGACAAGAUUGGAGUUCUUGCUGCAAACUUGGAACGGACGAUCUCAGACCACAACUCCUUUGCCAAAACAGGCAUCGACACGCAAUUCCAUCGAGGCGAGAACGACUAUGACCGCUUCUAUGGCGAUCCCCGGGUUCAACCCAAUCACAAUCUGCGAGCGUGCGCCACCGGUCCAUUCUAUGCGCUUCCUCUUUACCCUGGCAAUGUCAGCACUGUUUACGGGCUUAUCACUAAUACCGAUGCACAAGUGCUUGAUCAAAAGGGCGACGUUAUACCAGGGCUCUAUGCGGUUGGUUGUGACCAGAAUAAUGUGUUCAAGGGGUCUUAUCCAGGAGGUGGUUCGAGCAUUGGGCCUGGAAUGACAUUCGGAUAUCGGGCGGGAAGGAAGCUGGCCGAGCCCACCUCUUGA